AUGUCUCUGCGGGUGGCUGCAGCAAAUUUGCUGAGAGAACUUCGCUUUCCUGCUUCCCAUGCCUUCCCUGCCUCCACAGUAACCACAGAUGCAUUUUCCGGGCAAGUUUAUGGACUUGGUUCAACUCAAACUUUCGCGUUGAACAAUGCUGCAAAAGUCUCAAUAAGCUUCCUUUCCUAUAUUGUUAAAGAAAACUGGUUCACCCUUAUGGCUAGGUGUCUAGUUGAACUCCCAAAGAUAGGAAUUAGUGCCAGCACUGCAUUUGCAGAAAAUGUGAUAACUGAAGCAUCUUCUAACAAUGACCCGGGGGAUGAUUUAGUUGGCUUGAGAAAAAUUGAGGAUGGCUCUGUAGGAAAACUAGAUGAAGCUGAAAAACUCUUCCUUUCUGCUAUACAAGAAGCUAAAGAAGGUUUUGGCGAACAAGAUCCACACGUUGCUUCUGCAUGCAACAAUCUGAGUUCCUUGAUGCCUAUAGAGCAUUUCUUAUCCGCAGCAGAAUUAUACAGGGUUAAAAAGGCAUUUGACAAAGCAGAGCCAUUGUAUUUGGAAGCCAUCAAUAUAUUAGAGGAAUCUUUUGGUCCUGAUGAUGUACGGGUUGGGGUUGCUGUUCACAACCUUGGGCAGUUCUACCUUGGACAGCGGAAAUUGGAAGAAGCUCGUGUUAACUAUGAGCGUGCUUUGAAGAUAAAAAGGCGUGUUCUGGGGUAUGGCCAUUCAGAAUGUUCAGAUACAAUGUAUCAUCUAGGAGUGGUGCUGUAUCUUCAAGGAAAUCAAAGGGAUGCUGAGGCCCUUAUUAAGGACUCUAUAAGAAUGCUAGAGAUAUAUAUGAAGACACAUCAAGUUGCUGAAGCUGAGAUGGUCCAGAGAAAGAUCCUGCAUGUCAUGGAAUUGUCAAAGGGAUGGAAUUCCUUGGACACAGUUAUUGCAGCUGAAUCUUUGGCUUUGACCCUGCAAGCAUCUGGCAAUACAAAAGAGUCAAAAGAUCUUCUUGAAAGAUGUCUAAAUGUCCGGAAGGACUUACUUUCCAGUGACCAUAUUCAGAUUGGUGCAAACCUACUCCAUCUAGCGAGAGUGGCAAUGCUUGACUGCAAUCAACAUAAAAAAUUGGAUGUUUCUAGAGCUAAAGCUGAGCUUGAUAUGGCAAAGAAUCAUUUGCAUGAUUCCAUAAGGAUUGCACGUCAAUGUUUAGCGAAGGUAUCAAAACAAAAGGACAAGUUAAAGAAAUACACUAAAUCUGGAGAGUCUAGAAAGGAAGGCCAAGUAGCACUGGUCAUAUUGUUGCAAUCACUCAAUACUUUGUCAUCAGUGGAGUUAGAUAAGCAAGAAUUGCAGGAGAUUCAGGAAGGGGCUAUUAACCUCGAGGCUCAGGAGGCACUUCUUCAAUGCAUUUCUGCUUACAAGGAGUUUGUAUCUGAGAGGUCAAUUGAUGAUACCCCAGAAAUAAAGAAUGAGUAUAUUUCAUGUUUAAAGCGCGCUCAAAAUUUGCUCGGACAAAAACUUGAUUAG